AAUCGCUGUCGUCGUUCUUAGCAGGCGGCAUCGGGUGGAGGAUGUUAGUCUGUACUGUGUUUAUUGUUAAGGUUGUGUGGAUUAGCACUGCGGUAUGCAUCUCAUUCUCAUAUUAAUCAUGAAUAUCCUUUUCAAACGACUUAUAAAGAUAAGCGGCGAGGUCCGCUUUUAAUGCAUCGUAGUUUUUGUCUAUCACUGUUAGGUCAUUCUUCAGUUUGAGACGCGGGUAGACGCAAGGCCAGCACCGUUUACUGUAAAAUGCCGAGCAGGUUUGGUAUGUUUAUUUUCACAGUUAGCUUGCUUUUAAGGUGUUAGGUGAGGACAAAUUGUUUCAUGGUAGCUGAUGCUUGUGCUGUUGCUAGCAAACACCGCAGUGCGGAUUGAUAAGAAAUGGCAACUAGGCAGAGAGACGGUGAGGAAUUAAAGCUUGCAAUACAGGGAGAAAAAUAAGCGAGGGGGCGUCCUUACCUCGAGUAAAUAGUGACGCUGUGUUUUUCUCCCACGUCACCUUUGACUUGAGCCGGACUGUUUCCGGUGGCUGCCAGGAAGGAAUAGAACAGUAACCCAACAAAAGAUGGAGAGAAGAUUACAGACUGAAAUAAGGCUCUAAAACUGAUCAGCAUACCCUCACCUGUCACCAGUACUAUCUCCCCAUGGCUAACUCAGUAGCCACUCUGGUUGUCCAAGCAGAGCUCUUAGCGCCUCAGUCCUCAGUAUCCCUUUCCCCUUUCCCAUCACUUCUUGCCUCGGGGGAGGAGGAUGACCGGGAGAGGGGGGAGCUGCUGGAGGGAAACAAGGGCGUAGUGGACAGGGUGGAGGAAGUGGUACUGGACAUGGUGACGUCCUCGGAGUCAGCUCAGCAGUCCGAGCAUCCUUUCCAGUGUCUGGAAUGUGGCAAGACCUUCAGGUGGUCGUCCCGGCUCACGCACCACCAGAGGAGCCACAACAACGAGAGACCCUACCGCUGCAACCUCUGCCCCAAGGCCUUCAAGGGCUCCUCUGCACUGCUCUAUCAUCAAAGGUCUCACUCGGGGGAGAAGCCGUACAAAUGCCAGGAUUGUGGCAAAGCAUUCAAACGCUCCUCGCUUCUCCAGGUCCAUCAGAGUGUCCACACAGGAGUAAGGACUUUCUUGUGUCCAUACUGCCCCCUGACGUUUAAAUGGAGUUCCCACUACCAGUACCACCUGCGCCAGCACACUGGGGAGUGCCCGUACCCGUGCGACACUUGUCCCAAGGCCUUCAAGAACUCCAGCAGUCUCCGGCGACACAAGAACGUCCACCUGGGUCUUAAGCCAUACACCUGCUCCGAGUGCAACAAGUCCUUCACUCAGUCCACCAACCUGAGGCAGCACAUGAGGAUUCACACGGGCGAGAGGCCCUAUGUGUGCGACGAGUGCGGACGCAGCUUCACGCAUUCGUCCAACCUGGCACUACACAAGAACUCUCACUCCAUCAACGCAAGUGCAGGAGGGAAGGAGGGAAAGAGUGGCGAGGAUGCGGGGAGGAGGAGCGGUGUGGUGGAGGUGGUGGUGGCAUCCGAGGAAGAGGCGUCAUCUAUGCUGACCGCCAUGGUGGGAUAUGUGAGCCAGGAGGGCACCGACGGAGUCGGGGUGGGCGUGGAAGAAGUGUUCUUGUCCACCACUUCGUCCGGUCAGAAUCCAAAUCUGCUCGCCCUCGCCCCCUCGGGGGCAACCGAGUGCGCAUCCAGGCCAAUCGGCACGGAGGUCCGUCUGAGCAUGGAAUCUGGUGCUAGCCUGUUGCUGUACAGCUGUGGCAGCUGCAACCACACCUUCGCCACGCGCACCGACCUGGAGGAGCACCAGGCCAUACACGCGUCUCCCGAGGAACACGCCUCUGGCGGGGAAAUGGGAGCCCCGGCGGCGGGGGUGCAGGAAGGGGACAGCUUGGUGGGGGCCAGCCACCUGUUGGCAGACUUUGAGGAGGUGGUGGAGACAACCACAGCAGCAGAAAGUGGACACACCACAGAAGUGUUACUGGGACUUGCGGACGGAAACAACCCGAGUGUAGGCACCACCCAGGCCCAGCUUGACCUUCUGCAGAGCUUCAGCAAGGUGACUCAGAGCUCUGAGGUGGUUCAGCCUGAAGUCCCAACCACAUGGGCUGGGCUGUUGUGCGGCUACUGCAAUAAGUCCUUCAAGACCAGCGGAGGCCUCAAUAGACACAUGUCACUGAUGCACUCCCUCUCCCACUCCCAGUCCCGUUCCCAGUUCAGCUGUUCUGCCUGCGACCGCUCCUUCCCGCUCCUGUCCUCGCUUCUCACCCACCAGCACUCCCACACCCCCGAGCAGCGUCUCCUGGCCGAAGCCGAGGCAGAGAUCGUGUGCCCCCCUUCCCUCUCCUUGUCUCUCCCGCUUCCAUCCCCUCCCGGCCAGGCUGACAAGCAGGGAAAUAAGAGGGAGAUCCACGCCGGCGUCACAGCCACCAGCGAGGACCAGGAAGAAGCACUUGCUAAACCGGUGAAAAACUCCAAAAGGGCCAACACUGGCAAGACCGCUACGGCUGGAGAGAGGCCGUAUCGCUGUUCAGAGUGCGGAAAAGCCUUCAAAGGCUCGUCGGGGCUCAAAUACCACAUGAGGGAUCACACUGGCGAGAGACCUUACCGCUGCACCGAGUGCGGAAAGAGUUUCAAAAGGUCCUCGCUGCUCUCUAUACACCAAAGGGUCCACACAGGUGUGCGAGCAUUCCAGUGCACCCACUGUGCUCUCACCUUCAAGUGGAGCUCCCAUUACCAGUACCACUUGCGGCAGCACACGGGCGAGAGACCCUACGUGUGCAAGGAGUGCGGCAAGUCCUUUAAGAACACCAGCUGCCUGCGCAGACACAGUCAGAUGCACUCGGGGCUGCGGCCUCACAUCUGCACCAUCUGCUCCAAGUCAUUCUCGCAGACGUCCAACCUCAAACAGCACGAGCGCACCCACUCUGGUGAGAGACCCUUCCAGUGCUCGCACUGCAGCAAGAGCUUCACACACUCCUCCAACCUGCAGCUCCACCUUCGCACGCAUUCCCCGCAAAAGGACUUCAAAUGCCCGUACUGCAGCAAAGAGUUUGUCAUGCAUUCGUACUUGCAGAGGCACAUACGGACGCACAGCAGCUCUCUCCCGCUGCCCUGCCCCGAGGGCGUGUCUCAAGACGGCGUGGCGGUGAAAGCCAGCGUUGGCGGGGUUACCACCACCACCACGCUUCUAAACCCCAUCACCCUUGAAGCGUCGGGCAAUAGUGGGAGCCUGAUCGUGUCCCAGCCGGCUCUCAACAUCCCCCCAAACACCUCUCAGAACUAUUUCAUGAUUCAGACGGCCAGCGGCUUGCAGCUCAUCCCGCUGUCAUCGCCACCACCGCCGGCCCCUCCACCGCCACCACCGCCUCCAUCCCAGCCCCAAAACUUCUUGCUGCUGCAGUGUCCGUCCACCAGCGGCUCUCAGUCAAAUUUGAUUCUGAUCCCGACAACCAAUAACCCUCCGUCUGCCCCGGAGCCUCCAGGCGUCCCCGUGCUUCACACCCUGCAAGCGUUCAACAACCACACUCAGGUCCAGCACCAGCAAACCCGCAUCGUCAUCACCAGCAAUAAUAAGAGCACAAGCUCUCCCGUCACCAUGCCGACACACACCAUUCCAGCUAAUUCGUUGCUUCGCAGGCCUAUACUGGGGAAGCGCAAGCACAUAGCGAGGGGCAGACGGGGACGCAAACCAAAAGCGUCUCUUCAGAAAAGCACAGAUAUAAACUGUACCCCGAGCGGCGUGUCACAGGCUACCGCUCCCGCCCCAUCUUCUGUCCCAUCUUCUGCAACCAUUGCAUCUGACACUACUCUCCAAAGCCUCUCGUCUUCCACCAGUGUAGCAUCGGAAGCCACACCAGCCUGUCCUCUCGCUUCCAACAAUAAGCCGGAGAUGACAUCAGCGAGGACCGAGAAGCAGUUUGUCUUAUGUUUUGAAAAUGAAGAACAUGCCAAGGAGGAUUUGAACGUCAAUGAGAGAGAGGAGUCAUACAUGUUACACUUUGAGGAAGGGGGCUCCUCCGAAGAGGCGGGCGGGGAGGGGAAGUCCCUGGUGCUGCAGUUCAAGGCAGACGCUAAAGUAGGUGCAGACAAAGAGGGAGAUAAAGAAGGCAUGAUGUCCCUCCUGCAGGAGUGGGGUGGAGAUAAGCCUGGCCAUGGCCAAACAGGAGAAGCAGAGGGCCAGGGAGGGUCCUUUGUCUUCCAUUUUCACACCCAGAACCAGGAGAGCCAUCCCGGAGAGCAAGGGCCUUUUGACCAAGAGCAUGACAACAGCAUGUCCAGCCAGGCCAGACCAGGCGUGGUGUUCGAGGUCAGUGACGAGAGCAAGAUGGAGCAGGACACCGAGGAGGGAAUGCAGAUGAUAGCGCUGAUAGAAAGUGAGGGGGGGAUGAUGGGAGAGGAUGGUGCAGGUGGCAGCAACACGGGAGGCACCAGAAGUAUCUUUCAGCUGGAGGGCGGGGAAGAAAUCGUCAUCAUUGAAGUGAGCACCAGUAACUUAAUAGAAGAAAGGGUCCCUGCGGGCACCUCCCAGGGCAGGCUUGAAGGUGAAAACGAGGACAUCACGGAGAAGUCGGCAAAGGAAAAUGGCGGUACGCCAUUGCAGACAGCAGAAGAGCACACAGGAAAUGGAGCGAUACCCAAGAGAUGCACGUCUCUUACUGAAAUAUGAGUUCCAUGUUGUGGGCUUGGGCAUGCUAGCACUUUACUUUCAGUUGAAGGUGUCCUGGUUCUGAUGCAUUCAUGCAGUUGGGGAAACAACUGUUGUAAUGCCACGGUGCCACUAAUUAGAAAUGUUAUACAUUCAAAUUGGCUGGGCAUGAACUUUUCAAUAGUCUCUAAUAUAUUAGUUGACAUGACACUGUCAGAGGCAAGUGUAUUUGUUUGAAAUUGCUUUGAAUUAUUUUUUUGUUUUUAUGUAUAUGUAAAUGAUUACUUUUGUUCACAAUUGUUAAUAGGAGCUUAUUAAUAAAUCUCU